AUGGUUUGCUUUUGCUUUCUGGUAGACCAGAGGAGGAAGGUGUGGCGGAGCAAGCCGGUGGCGGGGUCGUGUUCGCGGUGCGGGCGUGGAGCAAGUGUGGCCGAUAUUAGAACUUCCACGAGGUUUUGUUACGUUCCGUUCUACUGGAAAUCCUGGAAAGCUGUUAUGUGUACUUUCUGUGGAGCUAUUCUUAGAUCUUACAGAUAAAUUCUUCCUGUUCUUAUAAAUACAUAUAGCUAGCUCUGUGUUUUUAUUUCUAAACACCUUUCUGUAUUAUGUCUGAGUUCAUGAUGGACUGCUUCUGACUUCCUGAGGUUGAGAACUUGAGAUGAUCAAACAGGGUUUCGAUACUUGCAGUUUAUUUUCCUUUUAAGAUUUCAUUUUCCCAAAUUUUGGUGAGAAGAAAGGCACUGUAGUCCCGUCAAUGGAUGCUAUUAAUUAAGAUUGGAAGAAACUUUUCUUUUGCACAAGCUACCAUUCCAAACUCUGUUUUUUUAUAACUGUAAUUUGGAGAUGCAUGUUUUCUGAAAACAAAUUAUGUAAACAGGGAAGCCGAAGCCCCGAGACCCUUCAACCUUAAUU